AAAGACUGCUUCUGAUCACCAAACUCUUUACAAUCUCAAGAUCAAUCUCACAUCUUGUAUCAUGAGUGAUGUCAACGAGGUCGAAAACCUACUGGCUUCCCGUCUCUCAGCUCUCGACCCUAAUGCAGCUGAGGAGAAUACCUCCGUUCUGAACUCGAUGGGUCUAAAACCAGAAGACACCAAACCCGACUCUAAGCCGAAAACUGGAUUGCCCAUCUCUCAACCCACUGCUUCGCCUGAGUCACCAAAAGCAGAAAAAUUUCCUCAAGAUGAUCCGGUAGCAGAAAUCACUCAAUCAAAAGCCUCACAGCUCUUACAAAACCUAUCACAUCAAGUCGAGAUCAAACUUGCGGACCAACAAGCUGAUCCUAAUUCACCACUCUAUUCCGCUCAAUCAUUCGAAGAUCUCAAAUUGAGGCCUGAACUGUUGAAAGGACUCUAUCGAAUGGGCUUUCAACGUCCUUCAAAGAUUCAAGAGAGGGCCUUGCCAUUACUACUUCAAGACCCACCUCGUAAUAUGAUUGGUCAAUCUCAAUCUGGUACAGGAAAGACUGCUGCGUUUGUCCUGACGAUGCUAUCACGAGUAGACCCGAGUAGGAAAGUCCCUCAAGCAAUUUGUGUUUGUCCAUCGCGUGAAUUGGCGCGACAGAUUUUGGAUGUAGCAGAUCAGAUGGGUCAAUAUCUAGAAGGUGUGACCAAGUGUUUGGCUUCGAAAGAUACCCUCGUAAGGGGUGAAAGGAUCGAAGCCCAGGUCAUUGUGGGGACACCUGGGACAAUCAAGGAUGCUCUCACUACCCAUAGAAUCAGUGGGACAAGAGAACCAGUGAUUGACCCAAGUGGGAUCAAAGUCUUGGUAGCAGAUGAAGCAGAUGUAUUGGUGGGUACUGGUUCACUAGGUGAACAGUGUAUCGGGGUCAAAAAUGCGAUCGGACGACAAAGUUCAUCAGCUCAAAUCAUCCUUUUCUCAGCAACAUUCCCAGAUCAUGUGAGGAAAUAUGCAUCGAAAUUUGCUCCUAAUGCCAACGAGAUUAAAUUGAAGAAGGAAGAAUUAACCCUAGAAGGCAUUAAACAAUUCUACAUGGAUUGUAACGAUAGGGAACAUAAGUACACAGUAUUAGUAGAGCUCUAUCAACUAUUGACUAUAGGUCAAUCGAUCAUCUUUGCCCAAGAAAGACGAACGGCAGAUGAGAUUGCACGUAGGAUGAAUGCUGAUGGUCACAAGGUUGCCGUACUACAUGGAGCUCAAGUUGGAGAAGGAAGAGAUCAGACAAUUGAUGACUUUAGAGAAGGUAGAAGUAAAGUAUUGAUUACCACCAAUGUGGUUGCUAGAGGAAUUGAUAUCUCUCAAGUUAACUUGGUAGUUAAUUACGAUUUGCCAAGGGAUCCGAUGAAAGGAGGGGCCGAUGCUGAAACUUACUUACAUAGGAUCGGUAGGACUGGAAGGUUUGGACGAAAAGGAAUUUCGAUUAAUUUUAUUCAUGAUCAAAAUAGUUAUCAAGAUAUGAUGAAGAUUAAAUCCGAUUUAGAGAUAUCAGACGAACAGUUGGUGAAGGUAGACACUAAAGAUUUUGAUGAUAUGGAAAAAACAUUGAAAGCGGCCAUCAAAGCAUGAACUACGUAUCAUAAGUAUGUGCAUGGGAUCAUACUUGCUCAAAUGCCAACACACUAUGUAUACAUACCUUUUGUCUGUUUACGGUCGGCGAAAACCUCCAGAAGUGCUUGAUUUAUGUAUGGGAAAGACUACUACUCACCAUCGGAGGGAUGAAUUGCAGUGUAAACAGUGUAAACCAUUUCUUUGAGCAGUUGGAAGGACACCCCGCGGCUUCUGGAGUAAGAGAUGACUUGGUUGUUUAUGAUUUGCAUUUGAAUAAAAAGAUAGCAGCUCAGUCAAUUGAGUGUUUUUCCGUAUAAUC